GCUAUGAAAGGAACCAAAUUGACAGCCAGAUGAAGAGGUACACUGGGCGAGGUCCUGAACGCAGGACCUUCUGUCCCCGUGGAGUUUGGGGCUCAGCACAUGGAUGCGUCUGGUUCACCGACUUGGAAGCUCUCUGGACCCCAUCCUUUUGGGUUUUUAUGGAGGCUUCAUCACAUAGGCAUGAUUGAGGAAAUCGUUGGUCGGUGGUGAUUGAUUCAACCUCCAGCCCCUCUCCCCUCCCUGGAGGCUGGGGUGGGGCUUUGGAACUGAAUGUUCCAGACAGGGUUGGUUCUCCUGUCAACCAGCUCCCAUCCUCAGGUGCUUUCCAACAGUCGUCUCAUUAACAUAAACUCAGGUGUGUUGAAAAGCGCUUGUUAGGACUAUCAAGACACCUUUAUUGCUCUUAUCACCUAGGAAAUUCCAAGGGUUUUAGGAGCUCUGUGCCAGGAACGGGGAUGAAGACCAAAUAUAUAGUCCUUAUUAUAAAUCACAAUAUCGGUUGGUUUCCUCCGUGUCAAGCAUUCGUGAGUCAGUUUUCCAGCUCGCUCUCAUCUUCUGAAGCCUAAGCCGGCUACACCUUCCUCCUUCCUUCCGCCAGCAGCCGUGUCGUUGCGACUCCGCCACCAUGUUCGAGGCGCGCCUGGUCCAGGGCUCCAUCUUGAAGAAGGUGCUUGAGGCGCUUAAGGACCUCAUCAACGAGGCCUGCUGGGACAUCAGCUCGAGCGGCGUGAACCUGCAGAGCAUGGACUCGUCCCAUGUCUCCUUGGUGCAGCUCACCCUGCGCUCCGAGGGCUUCGACACGUACCGCUGCGACCGCAACUUGGCCAUGGGCGUGAACCUCACCAGCAUGUCCAAAAUACUGAAAUGUGCUGGCAAUGAAGACAUCAUUACACUAAGGGCUGAAGAUAACGCGGACACCUUGGCACUAGUAUUUGAAGCUCCAAAUCAAGAAAAGGUUUCAGACUAUGAAAUGAAGUUAAUGGAUUUAGAUGUUGAACAACUUGGAAUUCCAGAACAAGAGUACAGCUGUGUAGUAAAGAUGCCUUCUGGUGAAUUUGCACGUAUAUGCCGAGAUCUCAGUCAUAUUGGAGAUGCUGUUGUAAUUUCCUGUGCAAAAGAUGGAGUGAAAUUUUCUGCAAGUGGAGAACUUGGAAAUGGAAAUAUUAAGUUGUCACAAACGAGUAAUGUUGAUAAAGAAGAGGAGGCCGUUACCAUAGAGAUGAAUGAACCAGUUCAGCUAACUUUUGCACUGAGGUACCUGAACUUCUUUACAAAAGCCACUCCACUCUCUCCUACAGUAACACUCAGUAUGUCUGCAGAUGUACCCCUUGUCGUAGAGUAUAAAAUUGCUGAUAUGGGACAUUUAAAGUACUAUUUGGCUCCCAAGAUCGAGGAUGAAGAAGGAUCUUAGACAUUCUUAAAAUUCAAGGAAAUAAAACUAAGCUCUUUGAGAACUGCUUCUGAGAUGCCAGCACAUACUUAAGCCUCUUUUGUCUUUGUACCUCUGAGUACAUAUGUAGAUAUUGUUUUCUGUAAAUAACUUUUUUUUUUCUCUAUUCUCUACAGUUUGUUCAAAGAGUAAAGUCCAAAGUCAAAUCUGGUCUUGUUAACCUAGUAAUAACUUUGCCUUACCUAGGAAUACUCGUUAUAAUUUUUAUAAACAAAAGGGUUUUGACUCUAAAUGCAGUUUUAAGUAUUGUUUUCAAUUUAAAUAAAAGUCAUUUGAAUUUCAAGCAUCA